UCGGUCGGUUUCGGUUUGUUCUUUACCUUCUAUGCUCUGCUGUGCUACCUCUCACUUCUUCUCUCGCUGUCUCUGUGCGUGUCGUCGGUCCGUUUUAGCACCUUGGGACGUCCAUCCAGCUCGUGACGGUUGGGACGGUGCGGUGGCGGUGUAAAAUCUUCUCCUCCUACGCGUUUGUCUAGCGCUUUUUGGUUGGAUCUAUUUUUUCCCCAUUAAGGUGCCGAGGAGAAUCUCGAAAUAAAUGCAACUGAUCGAAUUGUGAUUUGGGAGAGAACCCGCUGUUCCGGAGGGGGAAAACCAGGUUUAUUCAAUCAAUCCUGUGUCCCGAAGAGGGAAGAUUUUUGCUCUACUCGAAGGAAGCGGAAAGCAAAAGUUUCAAGUGGAACGGGAACGAAGAAAAUUUGAAUUUGCAUAAGGCACAAGGAAGAUAUUGCGAGUGGAUGUUUGCUUAGUGUCGAAUUCAGGAUGGAGCUAACAAAUGAAGUUGUUCGUGUCAUGUAAAUGAACAUUUUGCGAGGAAAUGUGAAUCACAUCGAAUGGCUCGAGUGAGGCAUGGAAAGUUCUGAAAAUUAGUGAUCUAGUGUUAGGAUAUUGCUAUUUGUUGAUGGGUUUUUGGGGAUGAAAACAGUCGAAUGAAUUGAAGAUUAUAGAAGGAGAUGUUUAAACAGUGAUAGAAUAGAUGGAAUCGUGAAUACUUGUUUGGAUUUUGUUGUUAAGGCAAUGAGCGUGUCGUAAACAACUUGUACAGCGCAGUUGACUCUCAUACACACGGGGGAAUUUCGGUUCCGGUGGUGAACGCUUACAUAUAUUCCAACACUUCCAAUCAUCAAUGCAAGAUGGCGCUGGUUAUGCUACCGUGCGAUCUUCCCUGGUGGUCCAACGUCCAGAAGAAGCUCGCCCAGAUUGAGGAAACGCCGACACUGGAGGUCGUCCUGGAUGUGAUGCAGAAGCUGCAUGAACUUUGCAAUGUCAGUCUGGACCCGGACGACGACGGCAAGGACCAGGGAGUGUUCGACGGACUGCAGCACUUUUUCCACCACACGCUGAACGAGGAAGAGCGAACGCACUUCCUGAACCACACCGUCAAACAUAUCGCCCAGCAUGCCCGGAACCUUAAGCUGCACCGUCCGCCGAGGGGACUGAGCUUCAGCCUCCAGCAGCAAACCGAUUGCUAUGAGCUCAGCUACCGGCUGGUGGCGGCCCUCAUUGCCAAUGCCUUCUUCUCCACAUUUCCAAAACGUACUGAGAAAACUCAUCCCACGCUACAAGACUUCAAUUUUACGUAUUUCUUUAGAGGAUUAGUCGAGAGUAAUGUACAAAAGGCCAAAUUUAGAAGCUUCCUCAACUAUUUCGAUUGGUUGGAGGCAAAUCCGUCGGUGCUGGAAGGGUCGCUCAAAGUCAGUAGGAAGGUUAUGACCGGCAAGCAGUGGUUGACGAUCGAAGAUUGGCUGGAGUGCGGACUGCCGCUGUGUGACGUAGAUAUCAAGCAUGAAGGUCGCCUGGACAAGACCAGUUCCGAUACGAUGCAAACGGUUUUUGCCAAUGCACGGUUGGGUGGUGACGUCCUGGCGUCCGGAGAUUCGCAAGAAUCCUUGCAGUUCUUUACCUUCCCGGAAAUGUUGGCUGUGUUGUUGUACGUGGAGGCUCUGGAAGAUAACGAGUCGCUACAGGUCGAAUAUGCUCACCAUGUGGCACGGAUAGUGGAUCCUCAGGGAAAGGCUUUGUUCGAACGGAUCGAGCAACCGAAGAAGACAUCGCUGUGCUGUAUCGAUGCGGAGAAUUAUCGGGCGAUUCCGUCACAUCAGUUCGAAGAGGAUGACAUUCUACGUGAGUUGAACAAGUGCCUUUUAGCGUUUAGACAGAACACAACCUGUCCGGUGGUGGAACCAAGACCAAACGAGAAGCUACGACCGACUCGUUUGGAUCAGCUGGAAAGUGCUUCCAGCAAGGGUCGACUGUCACCCAUAGGGGAGCGCGAUCGGGAAGGUUCAACGCCCGGAUCACCGGACUUUUGUACGACGAUCUUUAUUAAGCAACCAACGCCGAACUCGAAACGUUCCAGUAGUGAUUCGAACAAGCUGGAGAGAGACAUUAACAAGAGGCGGUCUUGGCUAACUCCGGAACGUAACCUAGGAGGAGCGUCGACCAUUAACAGUUCGACUGGGUCGACGAGUGGAGUGCUGACGGGAGGUCAUAGGGGAAAGUUUAUAGUUCUAGGAUCUUCCGGGGAGUGUCUUCCAGUGAAUCGGCACCCGUUGAGGAUUCCCAUGUUGAAGGAUUCGUUUUCCAGCUGUGAAUCGAGUACCGAUGAGUUCCAUAGUGCGCGCGACAGUUUCGAUGAGGACGAUGAAGACGGAUUGCGAGCGAGGAAGUAUUCGACCGAAUUGGACACUCCAGAGAGGAGGUUUACAUUUGCUCAACGGUUGCGGGAGGCUUUACAGGAUAGUAAUUUGCCCUCCGGAAGUACGGAGGAAGACAGUAGCUAUGCGGUGGGAAUUAGUGUUAGUGGAUCGCAGACCAAAGAUCAGGAUAUUACAGUAAGGCGGGGUGGAUCGUGUGGGUUCGUGUUGGAUGGAUCUAUGGGAAGUACGGAGGAGGAACGGGAAUGGUUCGAUCGAUGCAAAAAGAAGCAAAACGGGAUAUUGGAGAGGAACGAAACGAACGAGUCUUCCAGGUACAGUUUCGAUUCGGAUCUGGGAUCGGAACUGGAGGAGGUCUACGAGAAGUUUGCCAAGUGGUUAGAGGAGCCCAUCAGUAGCGAAAAACCAAAGAAGUUGGAUGCCAGGGACGAAGCAGUCCUCAGAUUCGCCAAUUCGCUUCUGAAACGGACGCUCAGUGAAAGUUUCGUAGGAGUUCCAUUUUCAGAGGAUGGUUUGAGUGACGAGAAGGGUUCGGAAGGAACUACGAUAAGGAGCAAUGGUAGUCACAAGGAGAAGCUUGUACUGAAUGUGAGAUCGUUAUCGUUGGAGCUGGCGAAGCACAAGCACAAACUUGCGGCACAACUGCGCAAUGAGUACCUAGCGUUGGAGCCGGCCAAACUCUUCAAAUGUCCCAACAUUCAGCUGAACCAGGCUGACCACAGGAAGCUGCUCUCCAGAUUGCGCUCCAGUAGUUCAAUUUGCUCCACGACGUCCGGACCGCGUCCGGUGGUUCCGCCUCGGGCAAAGAAGAAGCUACACAAGAGGUCCGCAGAGCGGCAGUCUUCUCUGAAGACCCGAUUACAGAACUACAAACCGAACUGGUCCGUUUCGUACUAUCAGGACGUUAAGUGCGAAGACGUCACGCUGAAGAUUUCACAGCUAGCUCAGAAGCGCACACUAGACGUCAACCUGCGACCGGUGGCCACCGGGAACUGGGGCUGCGGAGAUUCCAAACGCGGUGACGUCCAGCUGAAGAUGGUGAUUCAGUGGAUGGCUGCCAGUGUUGCCGGUUUACCGUACUUGAUCUACUACACGGCUGGGAACGAGAAACUGUCGAAGUUGGACACCGUUUGUCGGGUGCUGAAAGACCGCAAGUGGACCGUUGGAGAGCUUGCAUCCGCAACCCUGUCGCAUGCCAAAGACAUCCUGGAGGAUCCAUUCUACUACAACAACGAUCGCUCCUAUUGCUCCUUCUUCGAUAAGCUGAUCGGAAUAGAUCGAACGGGACAGCGAUAAGGCAGGGCUGCUAGACGGUAUGCAAAUCUCAACUCAAAAGACACUCUCAAACACACACACACACAGAGAUAGGAAACGAAAAGCUUGUGUAAAUUCAUGUAAACAAAAGAAGCAAUAAUUAUUGUUACACACCCUGAUGUCUCCCGGUAGGAGAAGAGGGAACCCAGUUCACAAAAGCGUUCAAUGUUAAAAUGAGAGUUCAGGCCAAGUGAACACGGAGCCAUUUAUACACAACCAGAAGAUGAAGUCUUCCUCCGACGACUUAUAAUAGUAAACAAAAAUAGCACCGAUAUACAUAGGCAACAUGUUUUUAUACAUACAUGACAAGUGAGACAAGCGAAAUGCAAGUAGUGAUCAUUUUUGAUAGAUAGGCAUUAUGGGAAAAGACUUAUGGAAUUAGUAGCAAACCAUUUUUUACCAGUGAAAAAGUGGCAUAUGUGGGAGGCAAACCUACCGAAUU